AUGGGAUGUAUAAGUUCUUUGUGUUUUCAUUUAAAUCCAGUUGAUUCUUUAUUCGAUAUUAAAACUGACCCUGAGAUAUAUAUGAAUAUUAGUGAAAUAAUACGGAAACAAGGUUAUUUAGUUGAAGAACAUGAGGUUACUACGGGCGACCAUUACAUUCUGUGUUUAAUUAGAUUUUACAAGAACCAGUCAACUUAUCAAAAGCGUAAAGUUGUUUUAUUGCAACAUGGGUUACUGGACUCAUCACAUGCAUGGGUGAUGAAUUUAAGAAAUCAGAGUUUAGGAUAUAUUUUGGCUGAUAAUGGGUAUGAUGUUUGGCUAGGGAACAGUAGAGGCAGUACAUAUUCAAAGAAACAUAAGCAUCUUGAUUCAAGUCAAAAGGAAUAUUGGGAUUUUUUCAUGGCAAGAAAUGUCAAGAUGAAUCAACUUGUUAUUCGGAUUUUCUCAGGGAUCACUUAUUGCCAUGACGGCGUUAGACGAUUAUCCGGAAUUGCAAUCAUAUAUUAA